GGAAUGAUCACUAUUCGGGAAGAUGUCAUCGGAGCAAAACCUCACAUCUCCAGCUCCUGAGGGCGGUGCUGGUUGCCCGCCAGUGGGCAUCCAGCUGGAAGGCAUCAUUCUGCCUCCAGUCCUCACUGCCGACGUUAUUCUGGGGCUUCUGGGAAACAUCGUGGCUCUGUGGAUCUUCUGCUUCAAACUGAAGAACUGGAACCCCAACAACCUGUUCCUCUUCAACCUGGUCAUCGCAGACUUCCUGGCAUUAGUGAGCCUCCCACUACGGAUUGAUGCCUUGCUCAGGGGCCACUGGGUGUUUGGGGAUGUGAUGUGCAGACUCAACCUGUUUCUGAUGUUCUCCAACCGGACAGCCAGCAUCACACUCAUGACGGUGGUGGCCGUUUACCGCUACUUUAAGGUGGUCCACCCUCACCACCGCUUUAACCGCAUGAGCAUGCGGCAGGCUGCGUUGGUGGCAGUGUUUGUGUGGCUGCUGGUGAUCAGUCCUCGGCUCCCCAUGUUGGCUUACAACCACCUGAAGGGCAGCGGGAACAGGACGCAGUGCUUCUUCUUCACCUCCUACAAAGAGGCUUCCAGUGCCAUCAUUUUCCUGGUGGGCAUGCACCGUGUCCUCACCGUGCUGGAGUUCAUCGUUCCCAUGACCCUGCUGCUCUUCUGCUCCAUUCGGAUCUCCAGCUUCCUGAAGGAGAGGCAGAUGGGAAAACGGGAGAAAGUUUCCAAAGCCAUACGAAUGUGCGCUGCCAUUGCGGCGGUUUUCCUUGUGUGCUUCCUACCCACCACAGUCACAACCAUUGGGGUUUGGGUCAUCCGCUCAUUCCGCCCGUGGGACUGCUCAGCGUUCUACACCUUCACCCAGCUCACCAUUGUGUCUUUGGGUCUGAACUUCUUGAAUUCAGCCCUGGACCCAAUCGUUUACAUCUUUUCCAGCUCCAUGUUCCGGAAGGCACUGCUGGGGGCGCUGUCCCCUAUCCUGGUCUGCAGGAAGGAUAAAGGUGGAGGCUCAGAGUCUUCAUCUGGAGCUCAGUCAACAAGUCAGCACGAGCUGAAAUCUCUGACAGAAAACGGAGGCAGCAAGGGCACUUAGAGGCUCCAGACUGAUCCAGAUGGAGCGGAAAUUCUGUUCAGUUUUCAUCCUAAUUCUGACUUGAUAUUCCAGAUUGUUUUGUGCCUUUGCUGGCUCUGCUCCCCAGUAGCCUCUUUAAGUAGUGAUUGUGUAAUGUCUAUGAACCCAAUCGCCUUCAUCCACUCAUGUCCGUGUUUACACUGUCCCUCUGCACUGAAGACUGCAACUUUAUUUUAACUCUGUUCUCCUAUUUUGUGGUGAAUUGUUUGUUUCUUAAUACAUUAAUUUCAUUUUAUUAUACUAGUUUUAUUAUAAAUGUUUAUAUUUUCAUGAUUUUUCUCAUGUUUUCUGUGUUUUUAACUAGUUUUGUAUUGUAUCUUUUAUACAUUACCGCAAAAAAAGUCUUCUGAUUACGAAUUACUCUGCCCAGAAGAAAGCAGUAUCUUCUAACAUCUUUGUUCAUUUUUCUUUAUAUCCUUAUCAACGUGAUGACUAAAAUGUUUUGGAUAUCUGAAAUUGGAAUUUUUAUUGAAUCAUUCAAUAAUUUUCAAUGCUUGAAAUAAAUCCAUUAAAAGAAAAAUCAGACCCAAACUCAAACUGACUGUAGGGUUUAUCAACCCCAAACCUGCUAACCCUAGUGUUAUUUUGAAACAGUCAAUAGCAG